AUGCUCAGCUGGGGUUUGUCGGAGCUAAAGCUUGAGGAGGACAUUGAUGCUUCAGGUGCGAAGGCAUCUGAAGGUCAAGAUCCUGCUGUGGCCGAGAACAUAGCAGAGGAUGGGGCCCCGGAUCCCAAGAAGAAGGCCAAGCCUACGACAGCCCGGCACAAAGCUGGGAACAGCAAGGGCACUCGUGUUUGUGCUGCGUGCGGUCAGAAAAAACCAGAGAGCGAAUUCGCUCUCAAUCAAAAGGUUGACAUGACCUGUAAGCGGUUCCUCGACAAUAUCUACAAGCAAGCCAAGGCUCAGGGGCCUGCGGCCCUUGAGUGGUUCGCGGAAACAAAGGCGGACCCAGCCAAAUGCCGCAAAAUGGUGGAGAGCUAUUCUACGGCCUACAAGGCAUGGUGUUCCAGCGGAAAGGCUGGGAAGGUCAAGUGGUCCUUUGUGCAGUACAAGGAAACAGUGGAAGCCGAAUCCGGCGUUCGGCUGUCGGAGAAUCAGCAGCUCAUGUGGGAGCGACAGGCGGUGCUUUUCUUCCAGAGCAUUGACGGCGGAGCCUUCACAGAGGAAGAGGCUCAAGCGAAAUGGGAUGCUUUGUCUGCACAAGUGAAGGAGGGCACGGUGAUCUCGGACUUGAAAGGUCCCGCCAAAAAGCCCCUCCAGAUUGCCAUCACCAAGGAGGACAUGAUCUACAACUACAACAACCUUUCCAAGAAGCGGAGCAUUCAAAAGGCAGUCAAGCGUGUCAUGAGCAAUCACGACUCGGUUGGAGGCUCCGCCGCACUCCCCCAGUCAAUUGACGAGAUGGCAGAGCUCAUGGUGAGCGGAGGGGCGGGAGCUGCCUUCGAUGCAGCCAACAUACAGGUGGGUGAUGUUCGAAACCUCAUGCCUGUGCAGAUGGAGGUCGACGAGCCGGGCGACACCAAGGCUGACAAGGAUGGUGCCAAGGACAAGAAUGCCGCGGAGGAUGAGGAGAGUGCAGAGGAGGAGAAGGACAAGGAGAAGCCAAGGAGGUGGUUCGACAAGGAUCGUAACAUCAACGCUGCACAACGAUCCUUGGUUUCCCAGGAGAAGAAGUUGAGGGAGACGUACGAUCAACGUGUCUCGGAGCUGACGUCCCACCUGAACUACAUCCGAGCCUUGAGUUCCGAGGAGCGGCUGCAUUACAAAGGCGAGGAGAAAAUCGCUUCGGUGAGGUUGCAGUUCCUCCACGCCCUCGAUGGAAAGGCAUCAGAGCUCAGCGACCUGAUCGAAUCAUUCUCCUCGACAUCUUCGCCAACCAAGGGCGGCAGCGGUGCUUCGCUCGACGACAACAGCAGCGUUGCCGGCAUCGCUGCCCUGGGGAAUGCACCUCCCUGCAGCCAGUUCAAGGAGCUCCAAAUCUUUGACGUGCUGUAUAUGUGCAAGGAUGAACUGUUGUCGUGCGAGACGGCGGAGGAGAUUGCCGAUGUCAAGAAAAGCUUUGCCAAGUUGAAAGCUCCCAUCUUGGAUUUGUUGUCAUCUGCUCAGGCCGUUCUGAACGACAUCAGGAAGGUGCACAAGUUGUUGAAGGCAGAUAUGGCGAAGGGAGCUCCAGCGGCAGCAGCGACUUCCAAGCCGGCAAAGCAGGAUGCAAAUACAGCCGGCCCGAAAUUUUCCAUCUUCGAGGAUGGCCUGAAGCUUGGCUCGCCAGCACAUGCCGUGACGGAGGACACUUGGAAGGACAUGUCGUGGGACGAGCCGGCAAUCAUCACCUUGGCCAGCGGCACCAUGGCGAACAUCUACAGUGCUCAGGUGAAGCUGGCCAUUGGGCAGCUCAAGAAGCUGUUCAAGACGGCCAACCAAGCUCGUGCUGAGGUCGCCAUGGAUAUGUCCGUCUUUCAGGCCAUCUCCAAGGAGCUGCAGAGCAAGUUCGACGGUAAGGCCAGGUUCUAUGUGGGCAAUGCAGAUGCAAUCAAGACCAGCAGCAAGGACCUCACCAACAUGUUGCACCGCAACCUGCUGACCACCAGCUAUGCCAUUGCCGCGAAUCAUGCGACAUUCGCCACCGAGAAGAUGUGUCUACCUUCCCUUCGGUUUGCCGCCGAAGGUGUGCGCCGUGUCGUCCUGCUGCCCUAUGUCCAGGUGCUCGAGUACCUUGCAUCGCAGCCGGACAGUGCAUCUUUGAAGUUCAUCGAUACGCCAUCCAAGCACAGUGUGACUCAGUUCUUGAGGUUUUGCAAUGAAGAGAAACUUCGAGGGCUUUUGGGUGCAGGUUGCAAGUGCUUCACGGCGACCGUGAACCCGUCCGAGAUCUUGUACGUGCCCGGAGGCUUCGUCUUCGCAGAGAUGACAAAAGAUGUAUCAUUCGGCAUCAAGUCGCCUCUCCUUUUGCACACGGAGGCGACGAAGGCUUUCUUUGAGAAGAUGAAGGUCGCAGAGGGUGAGGGCGUCGGUGAUCAAUGCAAGAUCGCUGAUUUGAACCUCCUUAUCGACUUGAAAGGGGGCUUGGUAGUCAGCACCAUCAACUUGCUGAAGAAGGCUUUCCAGAAAACCUUGAGCGAGCUCAUGAAGGGUCAAAUUCAAUCGAAAGUCUGUGGCGGAAUGCACGAGGAGGUGGCGCCCCAGCUGACGAGACAGCUUGAAGUGCUCAACAAGUUGAUUCUCCCUCCAUCCUUGCAGCGACACGAACACGGCGACGGGCGCCGCUUGAAGGAGGACGGCAACAGCUCUGACUCUGACAGCUCGGAGCCGGAGCCGUCUCUGCCCGACCGUGACACAGACUCGGAUGAGCCUGCUUCUGGGGUGGUGGACUGGACCCAAAGCCCACUGCUGAAAUGGGCAAGCUGGAUAAACACAGAGGUGCUGCCACCGGAUGUCAUACACCAGCUCUCACACUGGGCACUGGAAGGCGCGCAAAGCAUGUACCUGGACCUUCGUGGGCUUCCCCACCUGGAGCAGGGUUUCGUGGCCGACCAGGCAGCCACUGGGCUUCGAUUGGGAGUCACAGCAACGCUCCAGGAAAUUGUGCUCCAUGGUGCGCAGAGCCUCAAGGCCUACUCGAUGGAGGCUGUGAGCUCGACGCAGUUGCAGUUUUCCACGGAGUUUGGUACAGAGGAGCAGCCGAAUGUGGGCUUGGCUGCGAAGUUUUUGAUCCGCCUUCAGGCUCAGGAUGCAGAUCAGUGGCGGUGGUGGUCGCAUGAUGCGGUUUCGCAUGUAGAGGAGGAGAUCGGCCUCAAUCUCGCCAUCACGAGACCGCGUUCCCGACUCCAGGCACGAGUGCUUUGUAAAGAUGAUCCGACCACACCGCUGUAUACUGCAAGCCAGUGGUUUUGGGACCCCAUCAACUGCGCAAGGAGCCUGUUCGUGGAGGCGCCCGUAAUCGAGAGGCAGAAUCUGACUUUCGAGGGCAUCGCCGCACCACUGUCCUGGACUGCUAUAACUCCGGGCAUUCUGGAAAAGGAUUUGUCAACUCUCUUCAACGAACUCGUCAGUUUGUUCAACGACUUGUACGAGGCUCACCUCCCUGAUGCUCUGACUCGCCUGGCCGCCAGCGAGGAUGGCCUCAAGGUGGUGAACACUGUGCUGGCGAAGCUGGCAAAGCCCACCCAGUGCAUUGCCCUGGACGAUGCGAACACGAAGACGCAGGGAUACUACGGUGACGAGUUUUCUGAUUGGCCCAAGAUGCUGUCUGGCCAACUGAAAAAGUUUCUGGACCAAAUGAUCUCUGGCUUCUUUGUUGCCAACGAGACAAGCGCGCCCAAGUUUGUGCGGGACAUGCCGGCCAUCUCUGCGGGGCCUUUCACCUUGCGCCUCGAGGAUAUGGCCCUUCGUGGAACCGAUCAGGUCACAGAUGCCAGAUUCAUGGUACCAGACGCAGGGGCACCCGGGACCCUAGGAUUCUUCAUGACCAACGUGUGCCACGGAGAGCAGUACAAUGCCACUCUGGCCGUGAGGCUGGCUGGCGAACAUCCGAAAGGUGAGGCACUCAUCGAGGUCGAGGCCCCUUGCGGAACUUUCGAAACCGUUCUGAACGUGAGUUUGGACACGUUAACGACAGCCAGCAUACUGCUGCCCCCAACAUUGUUCUGUACCAUGUUGACGCCUUUCCGAACGCUGAAGAUGAAGGAACUGAAGCUGGGCUUCGAAUCUGCAGGUGAACUCCGGGUGGCCUUGGGCUCGAAGCCUCCGCGCAAACCGAUAGAGGAGCUUUGGGAGCUUUACCCAGAGCUGUCCACGGCAGUCCAUGGGCUGCUGCACUCUCUCGUGACUGCCGACAAUGUGACGGCUGUGCUAGAGUUCCUGCACCAGGAGGCUGUGCAAGAAUGUGAUGCCAAGUCGUCGCGAAGGCUGAGCGCUGCUGAGACUGCGUCCAAAGGCAUAGAUGCCAGAGGAAUUAGCUAUGACAAGGGUUUCAACAUCCUGGUCUGGCUGUCCUCUUUGCUGGGCGGCUUCGCCGCGGCAGCUCUGGUUCUGGGGGCAGUGGUGUGCCAGGCGGGCAGGCACAAGGCUUCAGCUUCGAAGCCGUUGGGCGUUCAUUGCUGGCUGGCUGGCCGGGGCGAGAGGCACUCGCUCGUCGUUGCCGUCUGUAUGAUGCUUGGCUUCUCCGUGAUCCUGCGGGUGCUAGCAUGCAGCUUGCCCUACACGUCGCUGAUGAUGCGGAUGGUGUACACGCCCAGUAGCCUGGAGCUUGACAAGCAGACGAUUGCCACCUUCACCUACUGGGGACUGGCCCUGCAGUUCAAAGCCGGAGGAGGCGACUUUGUCUUCAUCAACUUCGUGGUGACUUCCCUCGUAAGUGGUGUGGUCUCUUGCGCGAUUCUCGCCUUGCCGUGGUUACUCGGGCUGAGCUUCGGCAUACAGCACGUGCUGAUCCGCGUAGCGAUUUGGAUUGGCAGGCUACCUUUCCAGGAGUCUCAGACCUUGGCGAACGCUGGCUUAUCCAUGAAUGCCAACAUUGCCUUGCCGAUGGAUGCAAAAGGUGAGAUGAGGAUGGUGCCACUUCUCGGGCCCUUCGUUGCCAUCACGGCCUGCCUUUUGUGCCUUGCCGCUGGUGUGACAAUGGCCGUGUCACUUCCGCAAAGAUCGACGAAGGACGAGGACAAGCAAUGGGCUCUGCCCGAUCUAGUGCUGUGCUCGGGAAUCCUGACGGGAGUGUUUAUUUGGUUCUUCUUCUCCUUCAUCUCCGUGGCUCUCGUGGGCUUGGCUGGAAUGGUCCUGUCACCGGGGACCUACUCCGGAAUGGAUCUGGGAGCCUACAGUCCAUUGUUGAGAAGCACAAUACUUGUCCAGACUGUCCUUGCGCCUGUUGGCCAGGCAGUCUUCGUCGCGCUGCGGUCAACAGAACUCAUUUCGGAACGUUGGCGACCUGUGGAGGAGCUCUGUAUGAGUCUCAACGCUCUCGACGUCUUCGCGCUGGUAUACCUUCUGGCAUUCCUGGAGAAUGUGGAUGGCUUCACCACAUCUUUUGCCAGUUCAAACUUUGCGGAUGUCGUUGAGAAUGUGCAGAAGCUUCUUGGUAUUCCUGCUGUUGGAGUCGAGGCUUCUGUGUUGGAGAUGGGGACAGUGGGUCUCUGUAUCGGAGCAGCAUGCACGUUGUUGCUCUACAUUCGUUCGUCGAUGUAUUUUCACUCGCUGGUGCCGAAGUCGGUUGCCAGGAGGGAUGUGGAAGAGUCAAGCGUCGCGGUGGAGUUGCAGACCUUGCACCUCUGCACGGGCUCCAUUGCUCCAUGCUCGAUGAUGUGCGCAGGUCGCUCCAGCGGUGCCCUGCUUCGCGCAGGGCUCGCGACAGCAUGCCUUGCCGCCAGCCAGGCCUCCUGCAAGGCUUUCGUGCCUAGCAGACUCGGCCCCUGCACCGAGACUCGAAGACCGCAGGUCGCAAGAGCUGCAGCAGAGCUACCACCGGGUUACCUGGCUCCGCCUCCGAGCGGCAUUCCCGGGCUGGAGCCCUCGCAGCUUUCACUAGGCACUGCGUUUGCACUCUUCGUUGUUGCUGUCCCCGGCGUUCUUGGUACCAUUCAGAGGUUUGGCCAGGCAAAGUUUGUCGAGAAGACCUAUGUGAUGCCGGGCACUGCUGCCGGUGGGCUUGAGAUGCGUUCCAUUGCAGGUGGAAUUGUUGCGUACUUCACAGGACUCAACUACAUGAUGGAGGAGUCGCCACAGCAGGGGCGAAUCCGCUUUGUAGGCCAGCUUCAAGGCAGCAUCAGCCAGGCUUUGUUCCUGACUUUCUGCCUUGGUGGUGCCAUCUUUGCUGUGGCACUGCUACUAGUGCAGAUCUUUCCAGAUGGCCCCUUCGGAGUCGGGCCUGACUGGUGGUUUACUCCGAUGGUCAUCAGCCCCUCCGCGGGUCUUUACUACUGGCAGCGCGCCUUUCGGAAGGACAUCGUGGAGCUGCAGCUGGGAAUGACCGACGACUUCAUGCAGACCUCCCUAGUCAUCCUCGGCAGUCUGGAAACCAUCGAAGAGCUGCAGAACGGUGUCCGAUUUCAGUCUGACACCGGUAAGCUCUUCCGCCUGAUGGAGCAGGGCAUGGAAUACCAGCCGGGCAUCUUCGAAUCCGACGAGGCGUCUGCCGGAGCAUUUGCAAGGUGCCAGCUAGGCGUUGUGAUGCGGGGCGGGGCGCUGAGUGCGGGGUGGGGGAUGCUGAUCCCUCCGGGAGUCUUGGGAAUCUUGAUGGCCUCUCAGCUACACCCACCCAGGUACAUCAGGCACACUUUCCUGGCAUCUCCGCCGGAGAGACCUCCGGAGCUUGGAGGACGGAGCCGCUCGGAGGAGUGGGGCAGCUGCUGUGACCGUUUCGCGGUGCAGGUGCAUUCGCUGAUGUUCAAGGUUCAGCCCCUGGAGCACAGGGAGGGUUCAGUUCCCGCCAGCUCCGCCACAGCCUCCGAGACGGAGGGUGCCAGCGAUGCGGAGAUAUUGCCAGAGCCUCCUCGAGAGCUGUCAGACGAGGCCUUGCGUCUCGUGCCGCUAGACGAGGAUGGCAGGAUGACUUCAAUCGGUUCCACACUGCAUGCGGAGGGCGAGUGCCGCCCCUGUGCCUUUCUUAGCUCCAUCCGUCGGCCAUGCCGCAAUGGAGCCGCAUGCCUGUUCUGCCACUUUUCGCACGAAGCACGCUACAAGCUGCGCCUUGGGCGGCGGAAGAGGAAAGAGAUGCGGACUGGCGCAAAUGCAGCCUUGGAG